CUCGAUUAUAUGUCUCUGUAGUUAAGCCUCCACUCACUGAGUCCUCACUCGAUUAGUCUGGUCUGGGAUUUCCACCGCCACUGCACGCGGGCUGGAAGUCGGUUGUGCUCGUUUCCCUGCGCACUUCAUUUCAACCGAACGCUUGCUCGCGAGCUUUCUGCUGCGGUUCGGGCAACAAAAUGGCGGAUUCUCAGGACGACAAGCUUUAUAAAGCUGAGUAUGCGAAAAGUGGACGCGCUUCGUGUAAGAAAUGUAAAGAGACCAUAGCCAAGGACUCCCUGAGGAUGGCCAUCAUGGUGCAGUCGCCGAUGUUUGAUGGUAAAGUGCCACACUGGCAUCAUUUCUCGUGCUUCUGGCUCCGCACAGCCGUGCAGUCGACAUCCGACAUCUCGGGCUUUUCCGAUCUCCGCUGGGAGGACCAGGAGAAAGUGAAGAAGGCCAUCGAAAGCGGAGGGUCUGUUGGAGGUAAAGCAGGGCGUAAAGGAGCAGGUAAAGGAGAGAAGACGCUGAAUGACUUUGCAGUGGAGUAUGCAAAAUCGAACAGGAGCACCUGCAAAGGCUGUGAGCAGAAAAUAGAAAAGGAUCAGAUCCGCGUAUCGAAGAAAGCGUUGGAUCCGGAGAAGCCUCAGCUGGGUCUGAUCGACCGCUGGUACCACACGGGCUGCUUCGUGAGCCGGCGCGAUGAGCUGAUCUUUAAACCCGAGUACAGCGCGGCUCAGCUCAAAGGCUUCGCCGCUCUGCGCGCCGAGGACCAGAACGAGCUGAAGAAGAGACUCCCAGUUGUCAAGACCGAGGGGAAAAGGAAAGUCGACUCUGUUGACGGAGACCCAGUUUCUAAGAAGCAGAAGAAAGAGGAGGAAGAGGAGAAAAAACAGCUGGAGAUGAGGCUGAAGGAGCAGAGCCAGCUGGUUUGGGGAAUUAAAGACAAGCUGAAGAAAUACUGUUCGACCAACGACAUGAAGGAGCUUCUGAUUGCUAACAGCCAGGACGUUCCUUCAGGAGAAUCCAACAUCUUGGACCGUCUGUCGGACUGCAUGGCUUUCGGACCGUUGAAGCCCUGCGAGACGUGUCAAGGUCAGCUCGUGUUCAAGAGCGAUGCCUACUACUGCACAGGAGACAUCUCUGCCUGGACAAAGUGUGUGUUCAAGACUCAGACACCCAAGCGUAAAGACUGGGUCACUCCCAAGGAGUUUCAUGAAAUUCCCUUCCUGAAGAAGUUUAAGUUUAAGCGUCAGGACCGUGUUUUUCCCAAAGAACCUCCUUCUGCUCCUGCGUCAUGCACGGCUGCUUCGGCUUCUGCCUCCGCGGCUUCCAGCACCUCCAGCUGUCCCACCAAGCUUCCUACAGAAGUGCCCACAGAUAAGCCUCUAACCGGGCUGAAGGUGCUGGCUGUGGGGAAGCUGAGCAAGAACAAGGACGAGCUGAAGGCUGCAGUGGAAGAGCUGGGAGGAAAAAUCACCAGCACUGUUAAUAAAGCCACGCUCUGCCUCAGCUCCAGGAAGGAAGUUGAAAAGAUGAGUAAGAAAAUGGAGGAGGUGAGGGACGCCAGCGUGCGUGUCGUCGCCGAAGAGUUCCUCACUGAUAUUAAAUCCUCAGGCAAGGCGCUUCAGGAGCUCAUCUCGCUGCAUGGCAUCUCACCCUGGGGCGCCGAGAUCAAACUCGAGACCCAGGCUUCAUCAGCGUCUGUAAAGUCCAGCGGAGCCUCCAAGAGCUCGGGGAGAAGCAAAGAGGACGAGGGUGGCAGUAAGUCGAAAAAAAUGAAGCUAACGGUUAAAGGUGGCGCGGCAGUUGAUCCGGAUUCAGGUCUGGAGGACUGCGCUCAUGUGCUGGAUCAGAACGGGAAGAUCUACAGUGCAACACUGGGGCUGGUGGACAUCGUCCGGGGAACAAACUCCUACUACAAACUCCAGCUUCUGGAGGAUGACGUACGGAAACGGUACUGGGUGUUCAGGUCCUGGGGUCGAGUCGGAACGGCGAUCGGAGGAAACAAACUUGAUAAGUUUUAUGACAAGAACUCGGCCAUGGAUAACUUCCGCAACGUGUACGAGGAGAAGACGGGCAACUGCUGGACCUCGAGCAGCUUCACCAAACAUCCCAACAAAUUUUAUCCUCUGGAGAUUGAUUACGGGCAGGAUGAGGAAGCAGUGAAGAAGCUGACCGCCAGCAGCGGCACAAAGUCUUGGCUCGCCAAACCGGUCCAGGAGCUCAUCCGCAUGAUCUUCGACGUGGAGAGCAUGAAGAAGGCCAUGGUGGAGUUUGAGAUCGACCUGCAGAAGAUGCCUUUGGGGAAACUGAGUAAGAGACAGAUUCAGAGUGCGUACGCUCUCCUCACUGAGGUCCAGCAGGCUGUCUCUGAUAACGCCUCGGAGGCUCGGAUUCUGGACCUGUCUAAUCGUUUCUACACUCUGAUCCCGCACGACUUCGGCAUGAAGAAACCGCCGCUGCUGAAUAACCUGGACUACAUUCAGGCUAAAGUGCAAAUGCUGGACAACCUGCUGGACAUCGAGGUGGCGUACAGUCUCUUGCGCGGCGGAACUGAGGACAACGAGAAAGACCCGAUUGACCUCAACUACGAGAAACUCAAAACUAAGAUUGAGGUGGUGGAUAAAUCCUCAGAAGAAGCCCAGAUUAUUCAUCAGUAUGUGAAGAACACACACGCUGAAACACACAACACCUACACACUCGAAGUAGAAGAGAUCUUUAAGAUCAACAGAGACGGUGAGUACCAGCGUUACCGCCCCUUCAAAGAUCUACCCAACCGCCAGCUCCUGUGGCACGGCUCACGCACAACCAACUUCGCUGGCAUCCUGUCUCAGGGUCUGCGCAUCGCCCCGCCCGAGGCUCCUGUGACAGGUUACAUGUUUGGUAAAGGUGUCUACUUCGCUGACAUGGUGUCGAAGAGCGCAAACUACUGCCACACGUCCCAAGCGGAUCCCGUAGGCCUCAUCCUCUUAGGAGAGGUCGCUCUCGGCAACAUGCAUGAACUUAAAAAGGCUUCACACAUCACAAAACUACCGAAAGGGAAACACAGUGUGAAGGGUUUGGGAAGGACCGCCCCCGAUCCUGGUGCUACCGUGUCUCUUAACGGCGUGGACGUGCCGCUGGGCAAAGGCAUCAACACCAACAUCGAUGAUACAAGUCUGCUUUACAACGAGUACAUCGUCUACGAUGUUUCUCAGGUCAAUCUGAAAUACCUUCUGAAACUUCGCUUCAAUUAUCAGACGUCCCUCUGGUGAGCCUCUUACCUGUAACCCUGAUCUCCACACCACCACGAGCUAACUGCAGGACGGCCAUCAAGACCGAAGACACCACGUUCCUGUUUGUCCAUUUUUCUGCUUUAUUAUCUAGCGUUGGAUAAAUAAUACGAGUUCUCUUGGACUGUAAAUAAUACAGUCUAAUACAGUAAAUCCUCUGUAUGUGACUUGUCAUUUCUGUUAACGUUGGAUUUGAUCUAAUUGAAGUAUUUCAAGGGUUUUGGUGGAGAGUUCUUCGAUCCUACCAACAUUAUUAGGUUGAACGGUCUUCCAUUCCAUUAGUUUUCUAGACUACUGCCCCCCCCCCCCCCCCCCCCCCCCAAGCGUUUGGACAAGUUAUCUUGAAAUCUUUUGUCAUUGCAAAGUUUGAUCUUUGAAUGCUUUUGUUUUCUUUAGCAAAAACAUGCCAACAUACUGUACAGUUUUAGUAAUGAAUGUUCGUAAAAAAUGGAUAAAUGGAACUUUUACUAGGCUUGCUAGUAUUGGGGCUUUUAGAAAGGACAAAAUGUGUGUACCUCCGAGAUUUUUUUUUUUUUUCCCUUUCCCCCUGACUUGAAACGAAAAGUUCAUUUUCAAGCAGAAAUUUGAGUUGAACAAAAGUCCGUCCGUCCCCCCCCUUGUAAAGUCAUCCCUUGACAGGAUAGUGCCUGAUUAACCUGGUUAAAAUGUCCAUGUGCUUUGUUUUUUUUUUUUUUUAUAAUUUGGAAAAGUCAAUAAAUGUACUUUGGCCCUUCA